AUGGCCGACGCUGACCAAACUCCUCUUCCUCUUCCUGCCACUUCUCUAACGCGUCUUGCUCCUGGUGUGAUACUUUCUCAGCCAUUGUCCCGUAAAGGUUCAGGACCCGGACUCAUUGUAAUUGUAAAUGAGUCAGGGGCUACAGAUGACACGACUUUGCGCAUCGAAAAUGGUGUUCCAUCACCGCUCAUGAAAUGGGGAGAAGAGAGUUACACAGUUGUAGAGCUUCUUGAGGAAGCCUUCUUCGAGGGCAAGGACCCAAUAAGUCUGGCCGUCUCAGAGCUGUCAAAGGCAGAGAGGUGUGAGCCGAAGAAUGCAAUUGGCGUCAUCGCGUACGAUCUAAAGCUUUGGAACCGCGCAGCACCAUAUCUUACAUCACACUCCUCAAUCGUCGGCGCCGUCGUGUACGCAAAUGCAGCAGAGCACCACAAGCUCGCCAUAACCUCCGUCCCCGUCCUGCAACACAUGGCGGGCAAGAUGCGCAAGCCGCCUCGGACCGAAACCCGUGUCGUCCACGACUACCCCAAUGCGAAGUCUUAUCUCUUUGCUACGCCCUUCCAGCCAGAGUUUGAUUACAACAUGGAGUCAGUGUCGCACACGCGGAAUCUGUCAUUCCUAAAACCGCGCAUGAAUGGUCCGUGGUUUGAUCUCGAGGCGAUUUGGGACGAGCAUCAGUACUGGGAGUUUGAAGAUCGGUCGGUGCCGAAGACGAUGGCGACCAUGGUGCAGGAACCAUAUGUCAAUCAUGUGCCUACGCUCACGGGAGGCAUUGGACGAGAGGCACUUACAGAUUUCUAUACUAACCAUUUCGUCUACUCAAAUCCCAAGGAUGUCGUGACGGAGUUGAUAAGUCGUUCCAUGGGUAUCGAUCGCGUCAUCGAUGAGUUCAUCUUCAAGUGCACACAUGACGCGCCGUUGGAUUGGCUAAUACCCGGUAUACCUCCGACAGGCCGCAAACUUGAAAUCCCCUUUACGGCGGUUGUCAACAUUCGAGGCGACCGUCUUUACCACGAACACAUCGCCUGGGACCAGGGUACUGUGCUGGCUCAGUUGGGUCUAUUGCCAGAGUACUUGCCUAUACCGUACGCUCUGCCAAGCGGGCAGAACCAGGACGGAAACAAACUCGAGUAUAAACUACCCGUCGCGGGGAUUGAAACGGCACGAAAGAUGCAAAAUAAAGAUGCCGUCACUUCAAAUGUCUUGCUCAGCUUCCAGGUCCGCAACAAGAACGCAUAG